CGAUCAAAAUUGGAGGGGGGCGGGGGGGUGAGGAUUCUUGGUGGGAAAGCUUUAACAAAUUCGAAAAUUCAAAACCACGGGUGGUCCGGAAUCUUGAUGAACACCGUAAAGGACAAAGGCCUUUUCCUCUCUCCACUGUCCACCGAGAAUAUAUAAAAGGACAAGGCUUUGAAAUUCAAAAGUUGCCCCAUUUCUGUAGCGGCGCCUAUCUUUGCUUUGUGAUCGAGAAACCCUCGCCCUCUGCUCGCCGCCCAUCCCAAACCCUAAUUUCUCCCCUUUUUUUUCUUUUUGAUUUUUUCUGUUCAUCUUUUUGUUUUACGGUUGGGUGAUUGGAGAUUGAUGCCCAGUUUUUGAUGUACCAUACCAAGGUGCUUCGGGAACUGGGGGAAUAAUUUUUCUGGGGAAAAAGGAAAGAAUAAUCGUCUGGUGAUUCUCCAUCACACAAUCGUGUAUCAGGUUGCUGGUACGGAAAUUGUCGAGCAAAAAUAUGGAAAUAAAUGGGGAAGCUGAUCUGAAGUCACCACUUCUGCAAUGCCCAAAUGAUGUUGUUAUCACUGUUUCACCCCCAAAUCAAAAUUUGAAUAAGAAAAUUAGGACUCUCGUCUUCAAAGUAUUGGGCAUAACAUGCUCAUCUUGUGUAGCUUCCAUAGAAGCUGCACUUGGAAGACUGGAUGGGGUGCAGAGCGUAAUGGUAUCUGUGCUUCAAGGUCAGGCUGUAGUGAAGUAUGUACCAGAAGUCAUUACGGCAAAAAUGAUAAAAGAAACAGUGGAAGAUACAGGUUUUGAAGUUGCAGAGUUUCCUGAGCAAGACAUUGCGUUGUGCAGGCUCAGAAUUAAAGGCAUGGCAUGCACAAGCUGUUCAGAGUCUGUAGAACGUGCCUUGCUGAUGGUGGAUGGUGUGAAAAAAGCAGUGGUUGGUUUAGCUCUUGGAGAAGCUAAAAUCCAUUUUGAUCCAAAUGUGACAAACACUGAUUGUAUAAUCAAAGCAGUAGAAGAAGAUGCUGGUUUUGGAGCUGAACUCAUAAGCUCUGGCAAUGGCCUGAAUAAAGUAUAUUUGAAAUUGGAUGGAAAAACUUCUCCAGAUGAUUUAACUGUUAUUGAAAGCUCACUUCGGUCUUUGGAAGGCGUAAAUCAUGUUGAGAUAGAUGUGCAGGAGCAUAUAGCAACCAUAAGUUACGAGCCAGACAUCAUUGGUCCAAGAUCUCUAAUACAGUGCAUCCAAGAAGCUGGCUCUGGACCCAGCACUUACCAAGCAAUUUUGUACACUCCACCAAGAGGAGGUGAAACAGAGAGGCAUCAGGAAAUAAUAGUGUAUAGGAAUCAAUUCAUGUGGAGUUGCCUAUUUUCAGUUCCUAUAUUUGUUUUCUCUAUGGUACUCCCAAUGCUUCCUCCUUAUGGAAACUGGUUACGCCACAAGGUUAUCAAUAUGCUCGACAUUGGGAUGCUUUUAAGAUGGAUCCUUUGCACACCUGUGCAGUUUGUCAUUGGCAAAAGGUUCUAUGCAGGAUCAUAUCAUGCCCUGAGACGAAAAUCUGCAAAUAUGGACGUUCUGGUUGCCUUGGGCACAAAUGCUGCUUACUUCUAUUCUAUAUAUAUAAUGAUAAAAGCAUUAACUUCAGAGUCAUUUGAGGGUCAGGAUUUCUUCGAGACUAGUUCCAUGUUGAUAUCUUUCAUCCUUUUGGGAAAAUACCUGGAGGUUUUGGCAAAAGGAAAGACAUCAAAUGCUUUAGCAAAGUUGACAGAACUGGCACCUGACACGGCUUGCCUUCUAACCCUAGAUGCUGAAGGAAAUGUCAUUUCUGAAACUGAAAUUGACACACAACUUAUACAAAAAAAUGACAUACUAAAGAUUGUUCCUGGUGCAAAAGUUCCUGUUGACGGGCUUGUUAUUGACGGUCAAAGUCAUGUGAAUGAGAGCAUGAUCACGGGAGAAGCUAUGCCUGUUGCUAAAAGGCCUGGUGAUAAGGUAAUUGGUGGAACAGUGAAUGAGAAUGGCUAUAUACGCAUCAAGGCCACUCAUGUUGGUUCAGAAACAGCACUUUCACAAAUUGUUGAACUGGUUGAAGCUGCUCAGCUUGCCAAAGCACCCGUUCAGAAAUUGGCUGAUCAGAUAUCUAAGUUUUUUGUUCCGACUGUUGUCCUUGCUGCUUUACUGACAUGGCUGGGAUGGUUUAUUCCUGGACAAGCUGGGUUAUACCCUAGAACCUGGAUACCCACUGCUAUGGAUGCAUUUGAGUUUGCCUUACAGUUUGGUAUUUCAGUAUUGGUGGUAGCCUGCCCUUGUGCCCUGGGACUAGCGACUCCUACGGCAGUGAUGGUUGCCACGGGGAAAGGUGCUUCUCUAGGCGUUCUAAUUAAAGGUGGAAAUGCCCUCGAAAAUGCACAUAAGGUCAAGACUGUUGUUUUUGAUAAAACUGGAACGUUGACUGUUGGAAAACCAACUGUAGUUAGUUCUGUGCUCUUCUCUGAAGUUUCUAUGGCAGAUUUCUGCAACAUGACUAUUGCUGCAGAGGCAAAUAGCGAGCAUCCAGUAGCAAAAGCUGUUGUGGAGCAUGCUAAAAUGUUACUUCAGAAGCAUGGAUCCAAGAAUGAUCAUUUCACUGAGGUGAAGGAAUUCGAGGUGCAUCCUGGGGCUGGGGUGAGCGGAAAAAUUGGAGAAAGAGCAGUUCUUGUUGGGAACAAGAGGCUUAUGCAUCUUUUCAAUGUCCCACUUGGCAGCGAGGUACAUAGAUAUGUCUUAGAAAAUGAGCAUCUCGCUCGUACUUGUGUGCUUGUUGCCAUUGAAGGAACAGCAGCAGGAGCUUUUGCAGUAACUGACCCAGUGAAGCCAGAGGCUGAUCGUGUCAUAUCUUAUCUCCACUCAAUGAACAUUUCUACUGUCAUGGUUACAGGUGAUAACUGGGCCACUGCUUAUGCAAUAGCUAAACAGGUGGGUAUUCAGAAGGUGUUUGCUGAGACAGAUCCACUUGGGAAGGCUGAUAAGAUAAAAGAAUUGCAGUUGCAAGGUACCAAUGUGGCAAUGGUUGGAGACGGGAUAAACGACUCACCAGCCUUAGUUGCAGCUGAUGUUGGCAUGGCAAUUGGGGCGGGAACUGAUGUGGCAAUAGAAGCUGCUGAUGUCGUCCUAAUGAAGAGCAACUUGGAAGAUGUUGUUACGGCUUUAGAUCUCUCACGGAAGACAAUGUCCAGAAUCCGCAUCAAUUAUGUCUGGGCACUCGGAUACAAUGUCCUUGGGAUGCCGAUUGCUGCAGGAAUUUUAUUCCCGUUCACUGGAAUACGUCUUCCCCCUUGGCUUGCUGGUGCUUGCAUGGCUGCAUCAUCCAUAAGUGUGGUUUGUUCGUCUCUCCUACUGCAAAAUUACAAGAAACCUUUACGUGCUAACACUGCCUGAGAGAUACUUGCUCUUCCAUUGCUUGGACUGAUAUAUAAGAAUAAGGUUUUAACUCUUGUCGACCUUGAUGUACUUAAACAUCUAGCUUAGAAUUAGCUCAAGUAAUCAAUAAGGAUGUCCUUCGACGUUAAUGCAGCCAUAGCUGCUCCCAAAUGCCGCGUAAAAUCGUUCUUGGGGGAGGAUUAAUGUUGUAAUUGUAUUGUAAAAAGCAAAUCAUAGUUCUUAAUACUUCGUAGUGAAGAUUGAAGAUUUUAAACUAGCAUUUUCACUUCACCGUGUUACAGUUGCAUUGAAACCAGUCAUCGUGAAAUUUAGAUGUAAUGUGAAUUGGUCUUUUUUUUUUCACAUUUUUUUGAAAUAAUAUGGAUGUCUUAAAAUU